CAGCUUCUCUCCUCCAUGCUCCCUGCCCAUACUGCUGAUGGAAGAGCUGGCUCUGGGGACCACCUAGAUGUUAGUUUGGAGAGGACCCAGCAGCAACUGAGGUUUUGCUGGGAGCCUGUGACAGGAGGUAGCAGUAUAUGCUCCCAGCCCUCCUGCAGCGUAUGGUGUCACACUGCAGCCGGCUACCACCAGGUAAUGGAAAAUCGGAAUUCAAAAGAGAUCUCCAAUAGUAAAGACACUAUAAUAAAAGAGGAGACACUGGCAAAAGGAAAGUGGGUGCAGCUUGAGGAAACAACAUAUGUGGAUCAUGAAGGAAAAACCAGAACAUGGGAAACUGUGAAACGUACAACACGAAGAGAAGGAAAUGUGGCAGAUGGUGUAGCCAUAAUACCGAUUUUGCAGAGAACACUUCAUUAUGAAUGUAUGGUGCUCAUUAAACAGUUCCGACCUCCUUUGGGUUGUUACUGUCUGGAAUUUCCUGCAGGUCUUAUUGAUGAAAAUGAGAGUCCAGAACAAGCAGCUCUUCGAGAACUGGAAGAGGAAACUGGUUACCAGGGAGAAAUAAUGGAAUGCUCCCCUGUAUCUUGCUUGGACCCUGGAUUGUCAAACUGUACAACAUAUAUUGUAACUGUACACAUUAAUGGGGAUAAUUCUGUAAACAACAAACCUAAACCCAAGCUUGCGGAUGGAGAAUUUACAGAGACUAUUUUGGUACCAAAACUUGAACUGCGCAAAUAUAUUGCUGAGCUAGUUGCAAAGGAGAAGCUGGUGGUGGAUGCCAGAGUGUAUACUUACGCCUUGGCACUGGAGCAUGCUGUGGCGAAACCUUAUGAAUUACCAUUCCUAAAGUGUUGAAGCUAUCUCUUACCAAUGUGUGUACCUGGACGGUGUGUCAUCCAUUUGUGUAAUAGCAGCAGCCCUCUCAGUUGGGUUAUCAGUCAUCAUUAUAAAGCACUUCUUCAUUUUUACCUUGAAUCCACGACCCAGUCACCAAGAUGAUAUCACGUUAGUAUUUGAAAGAAUUGUACAAGGUCUGUAGUUGCUGGAAAUGUUGGAAGGUUGUAUUUGUUUUCCGCUACUUUGCAUACAAUGCCUAGAUGCAUCUGUUGAAAACUCUCUGAAAUACAAGAUGCUGGGAAGGGCGCUUAUAGACGUGGUAACUGAUGUAAAUGGAUUGUAAGAGACCUCAGGCCAUGCAUAGCUUGUAGCAAUAGUGCCAUGAGUCAACUUCCCUGUACAAAAUGUGCCUUUUCCCUUACAGGCGAUUUCUGGAUUUUUGCAUGUAAUGUUAAAUGGAUUGGGGACUCUAUAAACAGAACUGCCCCCUGUAUGAAUUGUCGAUCUUAUAAGAAAUGUCUGCAUUGUAAAGGGCCCCAUACACUAGAGCGAUUAUGCCCGAUUUCAGCCCAAUUCGGGCAUUCGGCCCAAUAUAUUGGGUGAAAUUGGGCAUUUUUGAGGUGUCUCUGGUCUGAUCCGAUGCACGUUCCCGUGAGCAUCGGAUCGGAUCCUCCAGAUUGAAUGUGCAGCACAUUCAAUCAAGUCCGACCUUGGGGCAUGGCUGGGAUCGCCCAGGAUACAUCGGAUGCAAAAGGACAGCAUCCGUUGUUUCUUGGGCGAGCCUGCCCCCUGGGAGGCUGCUGGGGCAAUCCCCUCCGACAUGCGGUUGGAUAAGUGUAUGGGGCCCUUAAGGUUACUGACGUUACAUAAAUUUGGAUAACUUUCUACAUUUCUUUGUUAAAUUAAAGGAACAGGUACAUUUCUUAUACACUAAUGUGCAUAUAAAACUUUCCCAUUAGGGUGACAACAGUUAGGGCUGCUUCGUUUUGUAUAGUUUGUACAACCUGAGUGUUGAUAAACACAAUCCCUACCUCUAAAUGCUAUGAAAUGUAACAGGUUAUGUAUUGGUUCCAGUAAUUUAUAGGUUAUGGGCAAGCUUAGGCAAUGUAUGUAACUACUGUAAUGUUGGUCUACUAUUCAUUUUCUGUAUUACCAUAAAGCGCAUUCGUAGAAAUGCGAACAAUAUGAUUUUGUUAACAUUAAAAGAAUAUUGCUAUAAGAAA